AUGCGUCACUCACUGUCUGAAGACAGAAAUGAAGUGUCUGGCUGGGUAGGAGGGUCACUCAGUAUCCCGUGUCACUACAAUCCCAACGAUAAAGGACAUGUGAAAUAUUGGUGCAAAGGAUGGCAAUGGCACUCCUGUAAAAUUAUAAAACAAAGUGAUUCUCCAGAGAAAGGUGACACCAGAAUAUCCAUACAAGAUGAUAAAGACCGCAGUGUGUUCGUUGUGUCUUUGAGUGGUCUGACAAAGGCAGAUUCAGGCCCGUACUGGUGUGGCAUCAAGAUCAGUGAAGAUGGGGCCUUCCUGCGGCUGAAAGUCACAGGCCCAUCUAACUUGUGGGUGGAUGAAACAGUUAUCACUGGUCAAGAAGGAGGAUCUGUCAGUAUUCAGUGUUACUAUACUCCUGAAUUUGAAGACCAUAUGAAAUUCUUAUGUAGAGGCAUGGAAUGGAGCUCUUGUGAAAUUCUGGUGCAGUCGGGUGCUCGAAGUUCUAAAGGGAACGUGACCCUCAGAGACGACAAGAAAGAGCGAGUCUUCACCGUGAGUCUGAGUAAACUGGAAAUAAAAGAAUCUGGAUACUAUUGGUGUGCUGUUGAGAAAAGAGGAGUUAAAAAAGGGACAUCUAUAGACUUCAGGAUUUUUGUGCAAUCGCACUUUUCAAUUGAAAAUUCAUUUGACAAAUGA